AUGGAAUGCGAUCAAGGCGUUCGAGACAAAGAAUUUUACGAGACAAAAGGAAAACUCUUAACCGACCAGGCAAUCAUUACACAUAAGUUAGUAUUCUUAACUAAAUUUAUUUAUUUGAAAAUUAUUCGCAGUUCGCUCAUCGAGAGAGACGUAUAGACUAUCAAAAAUAUUUGGACAGGACUGGAACUUUGGACAAGUUGACGGAGAUUUUGAUGGAUUUAUACGAAAAUCCCGUCAUGGAUUUUCCAGUUUUAGAGUAAAAAAAUAAAAAAAAAUAUAAAUAUUAUUAGAAGAUAUUUAAAUAGUAUCGACGGUUCUUAGCCAAAAGUACGUAGGCGUUAAAGAUUUAAUUAUUGUUCAGGAACAAAAAAAAAUCGUUUAGAAAAAAAAAUAAUAAUAAAAAGACAUCCUAGGACAAUAGGAGACGGGUGCAGCCGCUGUUAUAGGCACCUCUAAUGUACAUCUGUAAGUAACGAUAAACCAUGCUAAUAAAAAAUGUUAAAACAAUUAAAUAGGCAUUAUGUAUUUUCUUUAAUAAUAUUUGUUUAAUAUUGUAUCGUUUUUUGUUCGUUUUUUCUGCAUUUUCCCCUGUUUUACCGUGUUUUUUCCCGGUUUUUAACAUUUCCCGGGAAAACUCUUGGAAAAAUCAAAAAAUAACCUCCCUAAAGUACCUUCCCAGUCACAUUUUCAGAAAAAAUGUUAUCAUAGUAAAUCGAAGUUAAAUUGCUGGUAGAAAAGUUGUACCCAGAAAAAAAAAAAGGCCACACUAUUUUUUUACUAAUAUCUACAUUUCGUCCAUUUUCCGUUUUCCUGUUAUUUUAUCCCGGUUUUUCAUAGAUAUUAUGAAAACCGCUUGGAAAUUAUCUCCCUAAAUUACCAUGGAGAAAUUUUCUUACAUAAAAUGAGCCGCGCUUGAUACAUCGGAGUCAAAUUUCUGGUAGAAAAGUUUGCACAACAAAUCGAGGAGUAUUUUUCAAUUAAAAUAGUCUGAGCGAACAAUGGCUUGGGUCUCUAGGUAAACCAAAAAUGCAUUAAUUUUUCCUUGUUUAGAUAAAAGAAGGAAAAAAAUGCAAACAAUUUUGUUCGACACCGGGGUUUGAACUCGGGACCCCUAGAAUGAUAAUAGGCAUGUAUAAAAAAUGACCUCCCAAAAGUACCAUCUGGACUAUAUUUCUUUUCAGACAAUGUUGCUGCUCGUACAUAUCGAAGCAAGAUUUCUGGUAGAACUUUUGUACACAAAAUAUUUUCUUCGCUACACUAUCGGAAUCGAAAUAAUAAUUUCAACAAUAUUUUCGGUACGAUCAUCUUACGUUUUAGUUUCGAGUUCUCGAACGGGUAUUUUCGGAAAAAUAUAUUGAUCGAAUAUUAACAGACUCAAAUCCUGUAAAUGUAAACAGUUAACGAGUAAAAAGUUUAAAGCACAUUUGUCGCUAAUGUCAAAUUAUGUAUUGAAAUUAUCUAAAAAAAAACCAAAAAAAAGUUCAAUAACGGUGUAAGAAAUAAAAUAAAGCAGAGCGCUUAAAUCUCGUUUAAAACGCUUACUUGUAUACUUACCUGUAUGAAUGACAUUUACACCAUAAUCUCAUUUAUUCGAUAAAACAUCGAAACUACGGUAAAAAUAUCGAUACUGUUGUUAGUGAAAUCGAUACUCCUGUUCAAGCGUUUAUAUCAUUAUAAAUAAUUAGUGGAUUUUGAACAAAGCGGCGCUUACGCCCUUUUGGUUUAUAGCCGCCGUCGUAAUAUUAUUAUGAGAUGUUUUUUUUAUUUUUAUUUUUUUAAUACUGAUUUUCGUACCGUUCAAGUUACGUGCGGACGAGGCUGGUAAACACGAAUCCGGACGAAGAGGAAAUAAAGAAGUUACGCCCGAAACUGGAGGAAAUGAAAGCGCAUAGAGAAUGUGUGACCAAAGAAAAUAUGCUUUUAAAAGAAAAAUUCAAGAUAAACAACUAUCCAUUACCAGGAGAUAUUAUCGUAUAA